GAACUCUUUUUUUUUUUUUUUAAUUCCUUCUCGUGACUAUUAGCAACUCUUAAGAUAUUUUGACGCCGUAUCGUUCUAUUCAUUCUCUCAUGGAUACUUCAAGAAGGCAAUCCAGUGACUCGCGUUACGCAAACCUCUUCAAUCUCGAGCCGUUGAGGAACUUCAGGAUUCCUAGACAUGAAGAUGAGAUUGAGAAUUAUUGUAGUGGCCAUGAUGAAACUAGAAGCAAUCAAGCUAACUACGGCAACGGCGUUAAACCGGGGAUAAACUCUAGCACUAAGAAGAGAAAGUGGUGGGUAGAAGCUGGUGAGGAUGAUGAUGAUGCAGAGGAAGAUGAUCACCAUUCACUUAUAUAAACUGUGAUUCUCUUGCUUUUCAAUCUUAGAGUAAGCUCUCAUUUUGCUGUUACUGUGUUCACAGGUGAGAUAUAAGGUGGCUAGAUCAUACAAAUUGCCAAGGAGUGCACCGAUUCGCACCAGGAAGAUGUCCAUAGACAUGUUGCUAUUCUGGGAGCGGUUUGACAAGCAGAUGGCAGAAGAGAGGAAAAAACAGGAAAAGGAAGCUGCAGAGGCAUUAAAACGCGAACAGGAGCUUCGAGAGGCACAAAGGCAGCAACAGAGGCUCAAUUUUCUUAUUAAACAGACUGAACUUUACAGUCACUUCAUGCAAAACAAAACCGAUUCAAAGCCUUCAGAAUCCUUGUCGAUAGCAGAUGAAAAUCUGGUUGACAAAGAGCUCCGAGAACCUGCAGCAGCAGAACCUUCUGAGGUGGAGGAUCCGGAAGAGGCUAAAAUGAAGGCAGAUGCCCUGAAAGCUGCCCAAGAGGCAGUGUCUAAGCAGAAAAAAUGACAGAUGCAUUUGACACUGAAUCUAUGAAGUUACGGCAAACUUCUGACAUAGAAGGACCACCUAAUGAUGUCUCAGUCUCUGGCUCUGGCAAUAUAGACUUGCAUAACCCAUCUACAAUGCCUGCUACAUCAACAGUUCAGACUCCAGAGUUGUUUAAAGGAACUCUAAAAGAAUACCAAAUGAAAGGCCUUCAGUGGCUAGUCAAUUGUUAUGAGCAGGGUUUGAAUGGCAUUCUUGCUGAUGAAAUGGGCUUGGGUAAGACUAUUCAAGCAAUGGCGUUCUUGGCACAUUUGGCUGAGGAGAAAAACAUUUGGGGUCCAUUUCUGGUUGUUGCCCCUGCUUCUGUUCUUAACAAUUGGUCUGAUGAGAUUAGUCGUUUCUGUCCUGACUUGAAAACUCUUCCAUAUUGGGGAGGAUUACAAGAACGGACAAUCUUAAGAAAGAAUAUCAAUCCCAAGCGUAUGUACAGAAGGGAUGCUGGUUUUCAUAUUUUAAUUACCAGCUAUCAGCUAUUAGUAACCGAUGAAAAGUAUUUUCGCCGGGUGAAAUGGCAAUAUAUGGUGCUAGAUGAGGCCCAGGCAAUCAAAAAUUCCACCAGUAUAAGAUGGAAGACCCUUCUUAGUUUCAACUGUCGGAACCGAUUGCUUCUGACUGGUACUCCAAUUCAGAAUAACAUGGCAGAAUUAUGGGCCCUGCUGCAUUUCAUCAUGCCGAUGUUGUUUGACAGUCAUGAACAAUUUAACGAGUGGUUCUCAAGAUGAAUCGAGAAUCAUGCUGAACAUGGAGGCACUUUGAACGAGCACCAGCUUAACAGACUGCAUGCAAUAUUAAAGCCAUUCAUGCUCCGACGUCUCAAAAAGGAUGUGGUUUCUGAGCUAACCACAUAGACAGAAGUUACUAUACACUGCAAGCUCAGUUCUCGACAGCAAGCUUUUUAUCAGGCUAUUAAGAACAAGAUUUCUCUGGCUGAGUUGUUUGACGGCAACCGUGGGCAUUUCAAUGAAAAGAAAUUAUUGAACUUGAUGAAUAUUGUCAUUCAACUCAGGAAGG